GAAGAGCGCGCAGUAGUGUUGCAUGUGCUCGUAUUUUAUAAAUUUAAAUUCAACGGAAUUGUUAGAUUUAUAAAUACGCCUUCAAAAUAUUGAGGAAAUAAAACGAUAAAAAGUGUAUUAGUGUGUGCUUUUGUGUUUUAAAGUUUUGUGAAGAGAACACUGUACAAGUUUAUUGUUUAUUCCACAGAAGUUGAGAAUUGGUGGUCGCCAUGUUGCAGCAGAUUCUGCGCGACAUGUGGGUUGACCCGGAGAUCCUCGCCGAGCUCGACGAGACGCAGAAACAGACGCUCUUUUGCAAGAUGCGUGAGGAACAGGUGCGUCGCUGGCGUGUGUGGGAUGAUAAAGUGAGCAAAGAAGUCAUAGACAAGCCAAAGUUUGAAGCUAACGGGAAAAAGCACGUGCAGUUCCUGAAGGGCGAGGAUGGUGAACCCUGGGUAUGGGUAAUGGGAGAGCAUCCUGACGACCGCAGUAUCGAGGAUAUUCUAGCUGAAGAAGCUCGUCAGCGCGCGCUGUCGCAAGCCUGCCAGGAGGCGCACCAGCUUAGGAAGUCGGUCGAGAAGGAGCUUACACAUCUCAUUGAAUUCCAGCCGCUGGAUACCUUGGAACAGAAGUUCGAUUUAUCCCCAAAAAAUGUUGACUCGCUUGAGGAUACACUAGACCUGUACUGCUCAGUGGACGAGCUGCGCGCGCGCAUGGAGGAGUUGGGGCCGAUGCCCUCGCCCAAGGAUCUGGACAAGGCCGAAUUUGACGCCAUGAAACUCGACCUCAACAAGAAUACAAUGCAUUUCAACUUCAUUGAAGGCAAGAGGGACGUCAGAGAUGUGAUACAGGAGUCAGGGGUGGGUGUGGGGGAUGGUGUGAGCCUGCGCGUGGCGGCGUGGGAGAGACGCGUGGCAGCGGCGCGCGCAGGCGACAUAUUGCGAGGUCUGCGCGCGCGCCGAGCUCGCACACUGCGGGACGCUCAGCGCACCACACAACACAUGGACGCCGUCUGGCGAGAACAAGAGCGCAAGGCUAAGGAGGCGGAGGCGGCCAUGCGCGAGAUAGCGCGCGCGGCGAGAGAGGCACACCGCCUCAGUACAGAGAUAGAUCCCCCACCCUGCCCUUCGCAAGCCGGCAGACCACCCAACCGCGAGGCUGUGCUGGAGUGGUUCAAGACACACGAGUUGAAGAAGGGAGUAGGUCUGGACCAGGAUAACAAACCCGUCGACUGGUUCCAUGGUCUGAUCUCGAGGUCGGAGGCAGAAGGUUUGCUGAUGUGUUGUGAGGUGGGCAGUUUCCUGGUGCGUGUGUCAGAGCGUGUGUGGGGCUACGCACUGUCGUACCGAGCACAAGAUCGCUGCAAGCACUACCUGGUGGAGGCUGAGCGCGGAUACCGUCUACUCGGCAAUGCCACCAUCACACACAACUCACUCGCCGAUCUCAUAAAUCACCACAAGAAGGUGGCGAUCACGGAGAGCGGGGGAGAAGUGCUCACCACGGCCUGCCCCCCACAGCAUCCGCCACUCUUCUGAACUACGUCACUACUGACGUCAGCGAUGACGUCACACGUCAACGUUACUCCUCUAACUAUACAAUGGGAACGCGUACUGCAGUCUUUUUGAGAAAUAUAUGGCUGUCUACAUAUGUUACGUACAGUGGAGUUUUACAUGCGUCUAUCUUAUCCUGAAUUAAAUCUAGCAUUUAGAUCUUUAUUCGACAUACAACACAUCCGAUGAAAAGUUACAUUUCUUAUGAUUUAUGAGAUAUAACUUUAUUCGUCAGUUGGGUCUAAAUGAAUAUAGUUACAUGUCUUCAUUUCGAAUGUAGCGCGUUUUAUUUAGUUGAUAAUUUUUACACACCAGUCAAUUGUAUCCUAGGUGUCUAGGUUAGUUUGAUUAUGAACCUUAUUUAAUAGUACUUUAG